AUGGAGAGCGAGGUGUCCACCGUAAACGAGAAUACAACACCAAACCCGCAGUCUCGCGAAGCCGCUUCUCCUGCCUUUGCACCUUCUAUGAAGAUUCGUGUCCGUACCGGAUGUGAUACCUGCAGAUCCCGGAAGGUCAAAUGUGAUGAGCAACGCCCGGUGUGUCAGAAAUGUACCCGAUUGAAGAGAACAUGUACCUACCGGCUUCCAAGCGCCUCCCAUUCUCCGCAGACGCUACAUGAAGACCUGAGUCCGCCGGUUAGCAGCUGUCAAGCCAAAAUCUCAGACUCGAGCGAGAACAUCGAACUACAAGUCGAAAGUGCUCUCGAUCCGUUGGCGAAGCAGACCAACCUCGAGGUCGUCACACCGGACGUGAGUAUGACAGCAUAUCCAGAUGUCGCUCCUGUCGCAGCACAACCAACAGAUCUCUCCAGGGACGCUAUUCAGUGGUCCCAAAACAACAGAAGUUCGAUCUUUUACCCGGCGAGCCAGAUCGGUGUAGUGGAUGUAAGCCCCACCGACCAAUUUCAUUCGACAUCAGAGCUUAUAUACAUGAGCACAGUACUUGACUGGAUGGGAGUCUCCGAAGUUCCCGCUAAAUCUACAUUCGCCUACUUUCUGGAUGUCGUGGACUGCACCUUGCUGUCUCCUUUUGAUCAGCUGAACUGGCGAAGGAUGAAACAGUACAUCGCCUACUUGGGGCUUGAGCAGCCGCUAGUUGCCGACUUUCUGAGGGCACUUCAGGCACUCUACAGGUCUCAAGUUGAUCAUCUACCGAGAACCUAUGCCACGACAUUACAGCAAAUCGCCCUUGACAACUUCGAAUCGGUGAUCGGCGACACUACCGUCGACUUUGAAAUUCUGUUGAUCUGCGCAUUCCUCCAGUGCCUUUGCGCAGUGACUGCACCUAAUGAAGAUGGGCCUUCUCUCGGUAUGUUUGAUGGGCUUUUCACGGAAAGAUUACAAUCAUCGCUUGAGCAUGGGCCACAGUCGGCCAUUUUUUCACGAAUCUGUGCAUGGCUGCAACUGCUGAACACGGUGACAAAGCAUCCAGGUAGCGUUGGUUUGCUCUCAAAUACAGUUCUCCGGCUUCUGUAUAGCCGUGUAGGAGAGCAGUUGCCUUCGCUCUCAAUGCUUGAUCGUGACGCCUAUCCCGAGCGCGGCUUUUACGAUACCAUAGCUGAGCCGGUCUUUACCUUCUACAUAAAGCUCCAAAAGAUUUCAAAUCAGAUCACAGAUGUGACGCACUACCGUCGAUCAAGGUCAACGGCUGCAGAUCAGGAAGAGGUGAGCAAGAUCCUAGCUGAUUUGACAACAAAGCUUGCCACUCUGUGGGAGCAUCGACCACCCCCACUUCAACUUGAACCGAUCAAGAUCCGGGAGAGCUUUUCUGAAACGAUUGCCAAACCACUUAUCAUGUUGGCAGGGCUGUGUAUUGCUGCAUUCCAAGUCGAGACCAUCGUCAUCGGCCGGAUUCUGGGCGAUCCUCCAUUUCCCACCCCCGAAAUUCAGCAUGCACGGCUCAAGAUUCGGCAAGUCAUCGAAGGAGAGGGAGAAUGGCUUGCGGCUGAUGAGGCCGGCGCACUAAACCCUGGUUACCUUCGACCGCUUUUCGUGUACGCACUGGAAAGCUUCGUAAAAGACCAGUCAGACUGGGCCGCAUGCCAAUUGAGACGGAUUAAACACCCCAACAGUACGGGGAACUUCCUUGCAUCCUUCGUGGAGGCUCAUGGAGAAGCGCAGAGAAGAGAAGGCAGGCGAGUGACCAUGAAAUACUUCUGCUACCAAACCUUUGGUGUGCCGUUGCCUUUCAUGUGA